AUGAUUUGGAACCUUGUCAAGGGAAUUAUCUUCUUUUUUCCAACUGUACUUGGCAUUCUGGGGAACGUCUUUGUGUUUGUGAAUUACAUUCUCUUCCUUGGAGGAACCGAGAUGAAAUCUAUACACUUUAUUCUCAUCCACUUGGCUUUUGCAAAUAGCAUCAUGCUUUUUGCAGAAUGGGUUCCUAAGACAAUAGCAGCUCUUGGGCAGCAAAACUUCCUUCAUGACACAGGCUGUAAGAUUGUUAUUUACAUGGUGAGGGUGGCCCGCGGUCUGUCCAUCUGCACUAGCGGUCUCCUCACGGUGGUCCAGGCUGUUACCAUCAGUCCCACAGACUCAAUGUGGAGGAGGCUCAAGCUAAAGUCACCAUGGCAUAUCCUUCCCAUAUUUGUCUUCUUUUGGAUUCUCAAUUCCUUAAUAAGCAUGAACUUACCAUUUUCUGUCAUAAGCAUCAACAGUGUGAACAUAUCACAAAUUAGUAAAGGUGACAAGUAUUGCUAUUUUCUACCUGAAGGCUGGAUAAUCAGAUGGACAUUUCUCACUCUGAUGGUCCUACGUGAUGCUGUGUUUCAGGCCAUCAUGAGUGGGGCCAGUGGAUACCUGAUAUUUGCUCUCCACAAGCACCACCAACAUGUUCUCUACCUGCAGAGCUCCAACGUCCUCUACAGAGCUCCCCCUGAGAUCAAAGCUGCUCAAAGUGUGCUCCUUCUGAUGCUUUGUUUUCUUGUCUUUUAUUGGUCAGAUUGUGCUUUUUCCAUGUGUUUUAGUUAUUCUCUCAAUAUUGAUUCUGUGAUAUUAAAUAUUCACAAAUAUUUGACACUUGGUUAUGCAAUUCUGAGCCCAUUUGUGCUGAUUCACAGAGAUGGACGCCUGGGUGCAUGUUUUCACAGUCAAGAGGACAGAAAAGCACACAGAAAUUGUCGGUCUUAUUGA